AUGGAUACAGAAGAAAAAAUAGAGGCUAAAACGUCACAUACUUUAUCAGAAGUGACUACUCAAUUAGAAAUUGAAUUGGAAGAACCUUCUUUGGCUGAAGAGGUUCCAGUACAACAAUUACAACCAUUUAGUUUUCAUGCUGCUUCAACAUCAGAUUCAGAUGAGAUGGACAAAAGAAAUGAUGAGUCACUACAAGCAGAUAUUUUACAACAAGAAAGUAGUUCGCUACAAGAAGAUAAUUCGCUACAAGAAUAUAGUUCGCUACAAGAAGAUAGUUUGCUACAAGGAGGUAGUUCGCUACAAGAAGAUAAUUCGCAACAAGAAGAUAUUUCGCUACAAGAAGAUAGUAUGCUUCAAGGAGGUAGUUUGCUACAAGAAGAUAGUUUGCCACAAGGAGGUAGCUUGCUACAAGAAGAUAAUUCGCUACAAGAAGUUAGUUCACGACAAGAAGAUAGUUUGUCACAAGGAGGUAGUUUGCUACAAGAAGAUAGUUCACAACCAGAAGAAAGCUGGGGGGAAGAAACGUCAAAUAAGUUGAAUUAUCUGCAUUCAAUAGAAACUGGAUCUUCAGAACCUACUUCAUCUUUUCAAGCAGAACAAUCCGAACCAGUUGUUUCUUAUGAUAAGGCAAAACAUGAAUUAAAUGUUUCACAAGACGAAAGUCGGUUAAGGAAAAGGUCAUACGAAAGCACAAGUGAAAACACGGAUAUCGAUGAUUUACAAAAAGAAGGGAGCUCACCAGAAGCAGAUAUUUCAUCAGAAGAAGAUGUUUCAAGAAGGAAAAAAAAAUGUUUAGAAAAAAGAAGACGUUUUGAUUAUACUUCAAUAACAGAUAAAGAUAAAGGUGAAAAGAUUGAUUUCGAUAAACCUUCUUCCUCUGUUCCGAAAGAACAAUCCAAACCAGUUGUUUCUUGUAGUAAGACAAAACCUCAAUUAGAUAUUCCACAAGAAGCAAGUAAGCUAAGAAAAAGGUCAUAUGAAACCACAAGUGAAAGCACGGAUAUCGAUAUAGGUGAUUUGCAAAAACCAGGUAGCUCACUAAAAUCAGAUAUUUCACCAAAAGCUUAUGGUUCACCAAUGAAAAGAAAAUGUCUAGAAUUAAGAAAACGUUAUGAUUCUUCUUCAACAACAGAUGAAGAUAACAAUGAAAAGAUUGGAUUCGAAAAACCUUAUUCCUCUGUUCCAAAAGAACAAUCAAAACCAGUUGUUUCUCGUGGUAAGACAAAACAUCAAUUAGAUAUUCCACAAGAAGCAAGUAAGCUAAGAAAAAGGUCAUAUGAAACCUCAAGUGAAAGCACAGAUAUCGAUAUAGGUGAUUUGCCAAAACCAG